AUGAAUUCAUACAUUAUAGAACAAUACCGCAGUGUGUGGGACUGGGAAGCAUUAAUCAAUUACACAGGCGAGUGGGCUCUGCCCGCUUUGCGCCGCGUAAUGGAUACCGCAACACAAGUAUCCGUAAUGAGCGCACACGCUGUUCACGCACGAAUGCCUCUUGAAGCACUCUGUAGUACCAGGGCGGGAGAGGUUCGCGAAGCUUUUAUAUAA